CAAUGAGGGAAUUUCCUUGCUUCUUGUUGAUAUGUUGCUGGAUCGUUCUGUCCCUAUCGUUUUCAGUACGGGUUUCGGUUUCGUUCUCCCUAUCGCCGACGGGACGAACGAGGUAUCGCGACGGCUCGGUUGUUCUCGCAGCGUUUUCCAACCAUGAAAUCGAGGGUUUCCGYGAGAAGAUGCGAACUGAGAGUGACUCCCCUCCGCACAGACACUAUAAGUGGCUGGUUGUUGGUGGCGGCAUCCACGGCGUGAGCAUUGCUUCGCGACUAAUAGGAGAGGGCAUCAUCGAUGGCAACACCAACGGCAACAACAGCCUGCUCAUUGUGGACGAACAACAAGAACUCCUCUAUAGCUGGAAGGAACGAACCCGAGCCACGGGAAUGACUUUUUUGAGAUCUGCCGUUGGAUUCCAUCUGGACAUCCCGGCAGAGGGUCUCAGGGCCUUUGCGUCUGGGUACGGGCACAACGGCAACAAACAGAAACAAAAACAGAAACCUCUUUCGAAAAARGCGAAGCGCCAAUCGAAAAACAACCAGCACCGGAGCAAGCACGGAUUGGGGACAUCGAACGGAUACCCAAACGCUGAAAAUCCAGAUACCACCACGGUAGGGCGAGACUACCAGCGUCCGUCCCUGAAAAUGUUCAACGACCACUGCGACAAUGUGAUUGACAAGUACAAGCUGAUGGAUUUCCAUUUCAGAGGAAGAGUAGAAUCUAUAGAUGUUUGUGACGAAGACGGCGGCAACAAACCUAUGCCCCUCCGAGUGGUCGUACGAAAUUCUUCUGGCGUCGAUGCGGAUGCCAACGCUUCCGGUGGCGUGAGGGAAUCCCCUCCCCCUGGUACGACCAUUGUGUCUGCCGACAACAUCGUUCUGGCGGUGGGAAACGACGAUCCGGCCGUCCCAGAGUGGGUUACCCAUCUUACGUCGGAGAACAAUGGUUACAACUACGACAAAAGUAUUUAUCACUUGCUGCAACUCCCGAACGGCGAUCCCCCGGAUGCAAAAACAAAUCCAUUGUACAAGGCAAACACAGACCCCAACUGGGACGAUUUCGAUCGCCAUGAACCACGCCAUGUAGCAAUCAUUGGGGGGGGGAUAUCUGCUGUCCACAAGGCCUUGCAGAUUGCGUCAAAAAACAGCAGGGACGAGAAGAAGGCGUUGGUCCACAUCGUCAGCCGCCACAGAGUCCGGGAACAACAGUUCGAUACCCACCAGGACUGGAUGAUGACCCAGCAGCUCGCCCAGUUGAGCCUCGACCACGGCGGGAAGGGCCUGACCAAGCGCCAGCGAAAAUUUGGUAUGGUGGAAAGCCCAGCCGAGCGUCGCAGGAUCAUCGCCGGGGAACGGAUUCCGGGUACCGUCCCUUCUUAUAUGACCCGUGCCGGUACUAACAGCCUCGAAAAAGCCAUGGGGGAAGGGUCCAUUAGCUGGUACGUUGCGAGUGUGGCAAGGGCGUCGAGGAACAACGAGGCCACCGGUGGUGCCCAAACAGCGUCCGGGAGCACGUAUACACUGGAGCUCACCAACGGGGAGACCGUCGGCCCCCUCGACGAAAUCAUUCUGGCCACCGGACUCGGAAAAAAGGUUCCAGGGAACCGCAUCCUUUCGCCGUUGGCAGCUAGUGCCAGCCUACCCCUUGGGCCGUGCGGAUACCCCCUGGUGGACGAAUCGCUGCUGUGGAAACCACGGAUGGGGAGCACAACAACCAGCACCAAUAUUUUCGUGGCGGGAGGCCUCGCCGAACUGGAACUGGGCCCGAGCGCUCGAAACAUUGCGGGGGCUAGAAUGGGCGCCGAGCGGAUUGCCAGAGCAGCAAGAAGAAGAACUGCUUCGAGGUAACAAAACAACCAAGUUUCGGAGCGGAACAUAAUAAGAAACGAGAGGCGAAGAAAGGCAAUGCCAACUC